AUGGAGAAUGAAGCAAAGUACAAUGGAUGGACUAUUAUUGAUACAUGUGAAGAGAUAGAUCUGGAGAAAACGUUGUUUAGUGGACAGGUGUUUUCAUUCGUAAGAACAGGAGAAUGUGAAUACACAGGUGUUGUUGGAGAGUAUCUUGUAAGUUUUAUGCAGAAGGGACAGAAUGUGCUGUAUAAAGUACUUCAUGAGCGCAAGCCAGUCAUGAACAUACAUGAUGCAGUAUGCCAUUUUUUCACUCUUGAUGUGCAUAUGCAUGAACUGGCUGAAAAGUGGAAAUUCGAUGACAAAUGCCUUUCUGGAUUAAGGAUGCUUAGGAACGAGCUGAUUCCAACAAUAUUUUCGUUUAUUUGCUCAUCAAACAACAAUAUUCCACGAAUAACCAAGAUGGUGUGGUUUCUAUACUCGAAGGGAGAAUUUAUUAUGGAGUACAAGGGAUCUAGGUUUCACUACUUUCCAUCUGUUGACAAACUGGUAAACAUUGAGGAUGAGCUGAAGGCAAAUUCAUUUGGAUACCGAGCAAGAUAUGUGUGUGAUGCAGCAGUGUAUCUGAAAAUAAGCAGCGAAAGCAUUGUAAAUGGCAAUGACUGCAGGAAAGCGUUACUUGGAAUACGAGGCAUAGGAAAGAAGGUUGCAGACUGUAUUCUGUUAAUAGGCCUUGGAAAGCAUAGUGUUGUACCGAUAGAUACACACAUUCUCAACUAUGCAAGGAAGCACUUUGGAAUCAGUGAAAUUCGAAUGUCAAGUGCAAUGUAUGACAGAGUACAGGAGAUUUAUGUGAAUAAGUAUGGCAAGUAUGCAGGAAUUGCACAACUUUAUAUAUUUAAGACCAUGGUUGAUCUACGAAGCAAGAAAAAUACAAAGCUUGAAAUGAAUAACAACCAGAGUGAAGGUAUUUAG